UACAAAUAAGGGAACGAUGUGGUUAUAAUACAGUCAUUUAUUAAGACACCAUUAAUUAUAUGCAUGCAAUUUUGAUCAAAAGCAAUUAAAACUAAACGUAAUGUUUAAGGUGCGGUCGGUUUUUGGUGCUUUAACAACCCCUACAGACGGAGUAAUUAUCCAUGGAUUAUAUUUGGACGCUGGAAGAUGGGACAACCGAAACGGGAUCUUAGUGGACGCUGAACCAGGUGAAAUAAAUCCUCCAUUGCCUUCAGUUCACUUCAUGCCAGUCGUAAAACUACCGGCCAAAGACACCCGUUACGUAUGUCCUUUGUACAAAACCUCAGUGAGGGCUGGCACUUUAUCAACCACCGGACACAGCACCAACUUUGUCCUUGCAGUUUUCCUGCCAACAACUGAACUUCAAAGUUACUGGAUAUUGAAAGGCACCGCUUUACUUACUCAACUCACAGAUUAAUUACUGUUCCUCCUGCGUUUUAGUUAAUUUAAUUGUUAGUUAACAUAUUCACUUACUAUGAUAUCGACCCUCAUUCAACCUUAAAUAAAAACUCGUUUUUUC